AUGGGUAUGAAUGGAGAAGAUGAAGCAUGCAACACAGAGCUUAGACUGGCUAUUGGAACCAGUAAUUUAAUCGCCAAUAGUAAGAAUGAUGACAAACACAAAAGGAAGGCACUGUCACUUUCUAUGCCUGUGGAUAUGGACCCGAUGGAUGAAUAUUCCGACGAAAAUCAAGACGAUGUUGUGGAAAUAAACGAACUUGAUAUAUAUAAGGAGAAAAUGGGCCGCACUUCCAUUCAUGGAAGAAAGAAGCUAAGGCUUAAUAGAGACCAACUUUCCCUGCUCGAGGAAACCUUCCAGAUCCAAAGCACUCUUUCUCCGUCCCAGAAACAAGUAUUGGGCGAUAGAUUGAACUUGCAACCACGACAAGUUGAGGUGUGGUUUCAGAAUAGAAGAGCGAGGACUAAGCUUAAGCAAACAGAAGUAGACUGUGAGUUACUAAAGAAAUGUUGUGAGAGAUUGAGCAUCGAGAACCAAAGGCUAAGGAAAGAGGUGCAAGAACUUCGGGGAAUGAUCCACCCUCGUCCAGCAUGUUGUAUGCACAAAAUUUGA